CUUUUCCGUCAACUUUCGGCUCGUUGCUGCAGUGAAUGAUGUCACCGUCUCGCGCAGCUCCAGCGCGUUCCAUUCGAUCGCUCGCGCUACGCUGCUAUUUCAUUCGUUGAGGUCGCCACCCGUUGUCCCCCAGCUCCAGAAAAACAGAGCAAAUCCUUCGGCAAGAAAAUGGAUAUCAGUGGAGUUAAAGUUCUGGAGUCAGCCGAGGACAUCCAGGAGCGCCGUCAGCAGGUUCUUGACCGGUACCGUCGCUUCAAGGAGCUGUCUGUUGUGCGCAGACAGAAACUCGAGGACUCUUACCGCUUCCAGUUCUUCCGUCGAGAUGCAGAUGAGCUUGAGAAAUGGAUCCAAGAGAAGCUACAGAUCGCCUCUGAUGAGAACUACAAGGACCCCAGUAACUUACAGGGAAAGCUCCAGAAACAUCAAGCCUUUGAAGCAGAGGUGCAGGCUAACGCUGGGGCCAUCAUUAAAUUGGACGAGACUGGCAAUCUCAUGAUAUCUGAGAGCCACUUUGCAUCUGAAACCAUUCGAACCCGUCUAGAGGAACUUCACCGUCUGUGGGACCUGCUGCUUCAGAAGACUAAAGAGAAGGGAGUGCGUCUCCUGCAGGCCCAGAAACUGGUGCAGUACCUUCGUGAGUGUGAGGAUGCCCUGGACUGGAUCAGUGACAAGGAAGCUAUUGCCACUUCAGAGGAGCUUGGCCAGGACCUGGAACAUGUGGAGGUUUUGCAGAAGAAGUUUGAAGAAUUCCAGACAGACCUGGCGGCCCACGAGGAGCGUGUGAAUGAGGUGAACCAGGCCGCCGGUAAGCUAACCCAAGAGAACCAUCCUGAGGCUGAGCUCAUCCUGAAGAAGCAGGAGGAGGUGAACGCUGCCUGGCAGAGGCUGAAGGGUUUGGCUCAGCAAAGGCAGGGCAAGCUAUUUGGAGCUGCUGAGGUGCAGCGGUUCAACCGCGAUGUGGAUGAGACAAUCAGCUGGAUUAAGGAGAAGGAGCAACUGAUGGCAUCUGAUGAUUUUGGUCGUGACCUUGCCAGCGUUCAAGCCCUCCUCCGGAAACACGAGGGGCUGGAAAGAGAUUUGGCAGCCUUGGAGGACAAGGUAAACACUCUUGGCGGCGAGGCAGACCGUCUGCAGCAGACACACCCCCAGAAUGCCUCUCAGAUCCAUCUGAAAAGAGACGAACUCAUUACCAACUGGGAGCAGAUCCGUACCCUGGCAGCUGAACGACAUGCUCGACUCAAUGACUCCUACAGAUUGCAGCGCUUCACUGCAGAUUUCCGCGACCUGACCAGCUGGGUGACCGAGAUGAAGGCUCUGAUCAAUGCAGAUGAGCUGGCCAAUGAUGUGGCCGGUGCGGAGGCCCUGCUUGACCGCCACCAGGAGCAUAAGGGCGAGAUUGAUGCUCAUGAGGACAGUUUCAAAUCUACCGAUGAGGCUGGGCAGGCUCUGCUGAACACCGGACAUUAUGCUUCUGAGGAAGUCAAGGAAAAGCUGGGCAUCCUUUCUGAGGAGAAGGUGUCUCUUCUGGAGCUGUGGGAGCUACGCAGGCAGCAGUAUGAGCAGUGCAUGGACCUGCAGCUCUUUUACAGAGACACCGAGCAGGUCGACAACUGGAUGAGCAAGCAAGAGGCUUUCCUGCUGAAUGAAGAUCUGGGUGACUCUCUGGACAGCGUUGAAGCUCUUCUGAAGAAACAUGAAGACUUUGAGAAAUCCCUCAGUGCCCAGGAAGAGAAGAUCACCGCCCUGGAUGAAUUUGCCACCAAACUGAUCCAGAACAAUCACUACGCCAAGGAGGAUGUGGCCACCCGCAGAGAUGCACUGCUGAGCAGACGCAACGCUCUUCACGAGCGCGCUCAGUUUCGCCGUGCCGCCCUGGAGGACUCUUUCCAUCUGCAGCAGUUUUUCCGGGACUCUGAUGAACUCAAGAGCUGGAUCAACGAGAAAAUGAAGACUGCCACUGACGAGGCCUACAAGGACCCAUCCAACCUGCAGGGAAAGGUACAGAAGCACCAGGCCUUCGAAGCUGAGCUCUCUGCCAAUCAGAGCCGCAUUGAUGCACUGCAGAAGUCAGGCCAGGAGCUGAUUGAUGGAAAACACUAUGCCUCCAGCGAGAUGUCCACCCGGAUGGAUGAGGUCAGCUCUCAGUGGAAGAAACUUCUAGAGGCAACUGAACUCAAAGGGAUUAAGUUGCGUGAAGCGAACCAGCAGCAGCAGUUCAAUCGUAAUGUAGAGGACAUCGAGCUGUGGCUGUAUGAGGUGGAGGGACACCUAGCCUCUGAUGACUUUGGCAAAGACCUGACCAGCGUCCAGAAUCUUCAGAAGAAACAUGCUCUGCUGGAGGCUGAUGUAGCUGCUCACCAGGACCGCAUUGAUGGCAUUACUAUUCAGGCCAGGCAGUUCCAGGAGGCUGGCCAUUUUGAUGCUGAUAACAUCCGCAAAAAACAAGAGGCUCUGGUGGCGCGCUACGAGGCUCUUAAGGAGCCCAUGGCCGCCCGCAAACAGAAGCUGUCAGACUCUCUGCGCCUUCAACAGCUUUUCAGGGAUGUGGAAGAUGAGGAGACCUGGAUCCGAGAGAAGGAACCCAUUGCUUCCUCCACCAACAGGGGAAAAGACCUUAUUGGAGUCCAGAACCUUCUGAAGAAACACCAGGCUCUGCAGGCGGAAAUCUCUGGGCAUGAACCCCGAAUCAAGGCUGUUACUCAGAAGGGGGAGGCCAUGAUUGAAGAAGGUCACUUUGCAGGGGAGGAUGUGAAAGCUAAGCUGGAAGAGCUGCACAAUCGUUGGGAUGGACUUAAGGGAAAAGCGGCCCAGCGUAGACAGGAUCUGGAGGACUCCCUUCAGGCUCAGCAGUACUUUGCUGAUGCCAAUGAGGCUGAGUCUUGGAUGAGAGAGAAGGAGCCCAUUGUUGGAAGCACCGACUACGGCAAGGAUGAAGACUCUGCAGAGGCUCUGCUGAAGAAGCAUGAGGCACUGAUGUCAGAUCUGAGUGCGUAUGGCAGCAGCAUCCAGGCCUUAAAAGAACAAGCUGAGGCCUGCAGACAACAAGUGGCCCCUACUGAUGAUGAGACUGGCAAGGAGCUGGUUCUUGCUCUAUACGACUACCAGGAGAAGAGUCCACGUGAGGUCACCAUGAAGAAGGGCGACAUCCUCACUCUGCUCAACAGCACCAAUAAGGACUGGUGGAAAGUGGAAGUGAACGACAGGCAGGGCUUUGUUCCCGCAGCGUACGUGAAGAAGUUGGACCCGACUCAAUCUUCCUCUCGUGAGAAUCUGCUAAAUGAACAGGGCAGCAUUGCUCUGCGACAGGAGCAGAUUGACAAUCAGUAUGGUACACUGCAAGAGUUGGGAGAGAAGAGGAAAGACAUGCUGGAGAAGAGCUGCAAGAAGUUCAUGCUUUUCCGUGAGGCGAACGAGCUGCAGCAGUGGAUCAAUGAGAAAGAGUCAGCGCUUACUAAUGAGGAGGUCGGCUCUGAUCUGGAGCAAGUGGAAGUGCUUCAGAAGAAGUUUGAUGACUUCCAGAAGGAUCUGAAAGCGAAUGAAUCUCGGCUGAGGGAUAUAAACAAGGUGGCAUCUGAGCUGGAGUCUGAAGGACUGAUGGCUGAAGAGGCUCCUGUCAUGCAGGCCCAGCAAGUAGAGAUGCUGGGCUCAGCUCCUGGCAAGGAUGAAGCAGAUUCCAAAGGUGCAUCUCCAUGGAAGUCUGUUCGCUUGGCUGUUCAAACAACGGCCAACUUUAAUACUAUUAAGGAGCUGAACAACCGCUGGAGGUCCUUGCAGCAGCUGGCUGAAGACCGAAGCAACAUGCUGGGCAGUGCUCAUGAGGUGCAGAGGUUCCACAGGGAUGCAGAUGAGACCAAGGAAUGGAUCGAAGAGAAGAACCAAGCUCUGAACACUGAUAACUACGGCCAUGACCUCGCCAGCGUGCAGGCUCUGCAGCGUAAGCAUGAGGGCUUCGAAAGAGACCUGGCUGCUCUAGGAGACAAGGUGAACUCUCUUGGUGAGACCGCAGAGCGUCUGAUUCAGUCUCAUCCCGAGGCUGUGGAUGACAUCCAGGAGAAGUGCACUGAGCUUAACACUGCCUGGAGCAGCCUGGUGGGUCGUGCUGACCAACGCAAAGAAAAACUGGGCAACUCUCACGACCUGCAGCGCUUCCUCAGUGACUUCAGAGACCUCAUGUCCUGGAUCAAUGGAAUCAGGGGGCUGGUGUCUUCAGAUGAGCUGGCCAAGGACGUCACUGGAGCUGAAGCCCUGUUGGAGAGACAUCAGGAACACCGGACUGAAAUCGACGCCCGUGCAGGCACCUUCCAGGCUUUUGAACAAUUUGGACAGCAGCUGCUUGCCCGUGGUCACUAUGCCAGCCCUGAGAUCCAACAGAAGCUGGAGGCUCUGGAACAGGAACGUGCUGACCUAGAGAAGGCCUGGGUCCAGCGCCGGAUGAUGCUGGAUCAGUGUCUGGAGCUGCAGCUAUUCAACCGUGACUGCGAGCAGGCUGAGAACUGGAUGGCAGCUCGCGAAGCCUUCUUGGCCAGCGAUGACAAGGGAGACUCCCUGGACAGCGUGGAGGCUCUCAUCAAGAAACAUGAAGACUUUGAUAAGGCUAUUAAUGUGCAGGAAGAGAAAAUUGCAGCACUGCAGUCUUUCGCUGACCAGCUCAUUAGCGCUGACCACUACGCCAAACCUGAGAUCUUUAAUCGUCGUAAUGAGGUCUUAGACAGGUGGCGCCGUCUCAAGGCUCAGAUGAUUGAGAAACGCUCCAAGCUGGGUGAGUCCCAGACUCUGCAGCAGUUCAGCAGAGAUGUAGAUGAGAUCGAAGCAUGGAUCAGUGAGAAACUCCAAACUGCCACCGACGAGUCUUACAAGGACCCCACCAACAUCCAGAGCAAGCACCAGAAGCACCAGGCUUUUGAGGCUGAGUUACACGCUAAUGCUGAUCGUAUCCGCGGGGUGAUUGACACGGGCAAUGCUCUCAUCCAGAGAGGUGCCUGUGCAGGAAGUGAGGAUGCCGUCAAGGCUCGUCUUAAUGCUCUGGAUGAGCAGUGGCAGUUCCUCGUCAACAAAUCUGCCGAGAAGAGUCAAAAACUGAAAGAGGCAAACAAGCAGCAGAACUUCAACACUGGCAUCAAGGACUUUGACUUCUGGUUGUCUGAGGUUGAGGCUCUUCUUGCUUCUGAGGAUUAUGGCAAAGAUCUGGCCUCAGUUAACAAUCUCCUUAAGAAGCACCAGCUUUUGGAGGCUGACAUCUCUGCUCAUGAGGAUCGUCUGAAGGAUCUCAAUGGCCAGGCUGACAGUCUGAUGGCCAGCAAUGCCUUCGACACCUCUCAGGUUAAGGACAAGCGUGAUGCCGUCAAUGGACGCUUUGGCAAAAUCAAGAGCAUGGCUGCUGGGCGCCGUGCCAAGCUGAACGAGUCGCAUCGUCUGCACCAGUUCUUCAGGGAUCUGGACGAUGAGGAAUCUUGGAUCAAGGAAAAGAAGUUGUUGGUGAGCUCGGAGGACUAUGGACGUGAUUUGACUGGAGUACAGAAUCUGAGGAAGAAACACAAGAGGCUGGAGGCUGAGCUUGGAGCACACGAGCCGGCCAUUCAGUCUGUAUUGGAAACUGGGAAGAAGCUGUCUGAUGACAACACCAUUGGACAGGAGGAGAUCCAGCAGAGGCUGGCCCAGUUUGUGGAGCACUGGAAGGAACUGAAAGAUCUGGCUGCUGCUCGUGGACAGAGGCUUGAGGAGUCGCUGGAGUACCAGCAGUUUGUGGCAAAUGUGGAGGAAGAGGAAGCUUGGAUUAAUGAGAAACUGAACCUGGUCGGAAGUGAAGAUUACGGUGAUACUCUGGCAGCUGUGCAGGGCUUGCUGAAGAAACAUGAAGCAUUUGAAACGGAUUUUACCGUGCACAGGGACAGAGUGAAUGAUGUUUGUUCCAAUGGAGAUGAACUUAUCAAAAAGGAAAACCACAACGUGGAGAACAUCAUGGCUAAAAUGAAGGCCCUGCGUGAGAAAGUGUCAGAGCUGGAGAGAGCUGCAGCUCAGAGGAAAUCUAAACUGGAUGAGAACUCUGCCUUCCUUCAAUUCAACUGGAAGGCUGACGUGGUGGAGUCCUGGAUUGGCGAGAAGGAAAACAGCCUGAAGACCGAUGACUACGGUCGAGAUCUUUCCUCGGUGCAGACUCUGCUCACUAAACAGGAAACCUUUGAUGCUGGGCUUCAGGCCUUCCAGCAGGAGGGUAUCACCAAUAUCACAGCCCUGAAAGACCAGCUGUUGGCUGCCAAACAUGUACAGUCCAAGGCCAUUGAGGCUCGUCAUGCCACCCUGAUGAAACGCUGGAACCAGCUGCUGUCCAACUCAGCCGCCCGCAAGAAGAAGCUUCUGGAAGCCCAGGACCACUUCAGAAAGGUCGAGGAUCUCUUCCUCACCUUUGCCAAGAAGGCGUCAGCCUUCAACAGCUGGUUUGAGAACGCUGAAGAAGAUCUGACAGACCCUGUGAGGUGCAACUCUCUGGAGGAGAUCAGGGCCCUGCGGGAUGCCCAUGAUGCUUUCCGCUCCUCACUCAGCUCUGCAGAAGCCGACUUCAACCAACUGGCAGAACUUGAUCGCCAGAUCAAGAGUUUCCACGUGGCCUCCAAUCCAUACACUUGGUUCACCAUGGAGGCUCUAGAGGAGACAUGGAGGAACCUUCAAAAGAUCAUCAAGGAGCGAGAGCUGGAGCUACAGAAGGAACAGAGGAGACAGGAAGAGAACGAUAAACUCAGACAAGAGUUUGCCCAACAUGCCAAUGCCUUCCACCAAUGGCUGCAGGAGACCAGGACAUACCUUCUGGAUGGCAUAGCCUAUCGGAGGGUAAUCCGUGUCUAUCAGUAUGAAGUCGAUGAUGAUCUUUCUGGAAGGUCCUGCAUGGUGGAAGAAUCCGGAACUCUAGAGUCACAGCUAGAGGCCACUAAGCGGAAGCACCAGGAGAUUCGUGCCAUGCGCAGUCAGCUGAAGAAGAUCGAGGAUCUGGGAGCAGCUAUGGAGGAGGCGCUGAUCCUAGACAACAAAUACACAGAGCACAGCACCGUGGGUCUGGCCCAACAGUGGGACCAACUCGACCAGCUGGGCAUGAGAAUGCAACACAACCUGGAACAACAGAUCCAAGCCAGAAACACUACAGGAGUAACAGAAGAGGCCCUGAAGGAGUUCAGCAUGAUGUUCAAGCAUUUCGACAAAGAAAAAUCUGGCCGUCUCAAUCACCAGGAGUUCAAGUCCUGCCUGCGGUCUCUGGGCUAUGACCUGCCCAUGGUUGAAGAAGGAGAACCAGACCCAGAGUUCGAGUCCAUCCUGGACAUAGUGGAUCCGAACAGGGAUGGAAACGUGUCCUUGCAGGAGUACAUGGCCUUCAUGAUCAGCCGAGAAACAGAGAACGUGAAGUCAAGCGAGGAGAUCGAGAGCGCUUUCCGUGCUCUCAGCGCCGAGAACAAACCUUACGUCACCAAGGAAGAACUCUACCAGAACCUGACGAAGGAACAGGCAGAUUACUGCAUUUCCCAUAUGAAGCCCUACUUGGACACCAAGGGCCGAGAAAUCCCGUCAGCUUUCGACUUUGUGGAAUUCACCCGCUCGCUCUUCGUCAACUGAUUCCCCACCCCCUGCCUGCCAGUGACCAAUCGGGAUGCGUUUUCCCCCCUUCACAAGAACACACAGCCGAACUGCAUGGAUCUGAAUUGAAAUUCUCUAGCACCCAGUAUAGCAAUAUCUGUAUCUUGCUAUGACUCUUAACCCUGCGUAUUUAUCUGACACGUCCUCGUGCUUCACUGACAAUAGUGUAGUGGAUCUGUCUGCAUUUAUUGUGGUUGUUUUAGCUGUUAAGUGCUUUGCUUUAUUUAACAAACCUAUAAAGAGGAUAUGCUGUAACAUCACCUAUGAGACUGCAGUGUGCUUAAGUAAACGCUACUGGUUAUAACUGGAA